AUGGCCGCUGCAAGCGACAAAGCCCGUUUCUUCCUCGAGCAAUCGGUGCCGGAGUUGAAAGAGUUCGAGCGCAAGAAGAUUUUCUCCAGCGAAGAAAUCAGCAAAAUCGCCCGCCAACGAUCCGACUUUGAGCACAAGAUCAACGCCCGCGGCUCGACGCCCUCAGACUACAUUCGUUAUGCCGAAUUCGAGAUGAACGUUGAUUCCCUCCGGAAGAAGCGUGUCAAGCGGUUGGGUGUCAAGAGCACUGCCCACAACGGUCAGCGGCGUAUCUUCUUUGUAUUCGAUAGAGGCACCAAGAGACAUCCCAGCGACGUUGGUCUGUGGCUGCAGAGUAUCGAGUAUGCGAAAAAGCAACAAGCGCACAAGAAACUUUCACAGAUAUUCGCCAAUGCGCUCCGGCUACAUCCUACGCGCCCGGAGCUGUGGAUCUACGCGGCUCAAUCCGCCAUGGAAGACAAUGGUGAUAUGACGGAGGCUAGAGCCUACAUGCAAAGAGGUCUGCGCUUCAACAAGAACAAGAAGGCGCUGUGGUUGCAGUAUUUGCGGCUGGAAAUGUCCUAUAUUGCCAAGUUGCAGACCCGCAGAGAGAUUCUUGGUAUUGGACGCGGAGGCGAGACUUCCGACGCCGACCCGGUCGAUGAGAGACAGGUACCUGCACUGACUGCCGAUGAUGUCGCUCCACAAACCCAGGGUGAUGAUGUCGACGCGAAGGCGCUGGAGAACAUGCGAGAAGCACCAGCGCAGAGUGGAGCAAUCCCGAUUGCUAUCUUCGACGCUGCCAUGACCCAGUUCAACAACGAUCCACACCUGACGCAGGAUGUAUUGUACAUGUUAGAGGACUACACGCAUGUCAAGGCCACGGCGAGGGUGCUGUAUCACCUGAGAGAUUCUCUUGACCGACUAGCCCGACGCAGCUGGGUGCGAGAUGCCUGUGAGGUCUGGACGCCCGUGGUUGGCCUACAACCCAACUCGGCAGACUUCCCACCAGCGUUUCGAUCGUCUCUGAAAAGCCUGCGAGAGGCGCAGAAGAAGACCAGCCAGCAGGCGGAGUUGGCAGCAUGGGCCAAGCGUUGGCUGCAGCGGUUGCUUGAGGCAGAGGAUCUGGAUCCAGCGAUUCGGCGAGUGGCCGAAUCAGUAUCUCAGUCGUUGUAG